UUUUAUUUGCAGUUUUUAAACGGAAAACGCACGCAAAAACUUAACAUGGCUUUUAAAAAUAAAAUCUUUUAUUCAAUUUAUUAAUAUUGUAAUACUGACAUAAUACUGCCUCAAAAACAACGAUGAGGUUUGCUUUUGGUCCACAUCAGUCUCAAUCUGGACCGCACUUUAAAGGCAACCGGUGCUUCUACAAUUGUCAAUGCCUCUGUUGCCGUCAAGGAUGUUGUGUUGUUGUUAUUGACAGAUGCUGUUGUUGCUUUAAUUUUAAUCGUUGUAAUUAUUAUGGAGGUAGAACAAAACUAUCCCAUACUAAGCAAUUUGCUCGUAAAAAUGUUCCUGGAACUGAAUCCUCUGGAUUUUCAAAGCUAAUGGAAAUAAUUUUAGUGCUUGUGCGUUGGAUCACAGCACUAGCCACUCUUUUAUCUAGCUGUAUUCUCCUUGAUAUCAGUGGCGGGCUUGGCCAUUUAGGAGGAAGUCGCCCAAGUAACAAAACUAUUUCCAAUUCGGUUGAUAGUACUGCCGCUUCCAAUAACAAUAUGAAUGUAAAGUUGAAAUCACCUCAUCCCUGGUACAGUUUAUACGAACUAACCAAUGAACAACAGCUGAAAUCAAAUAAUCUCUAUAAAAUAUUAUACAACAAUCGUAAUCUAAGAAGACAACGAAGACGAAGAAGACGUCGUCGUCGCAGAAGACGAAGGAAUAAUAAUACGGUUUUAAACAAACACCAGAACAUACCACGACAUUUGAAGCUGCAAGAACAAGUUCAUAUUGAACAUGUACAACUACAGCAUGAUAAUAUUUUUCAACAACGACUAAGCUUUGGCGAAUCAAUAUGCCCAACGUUGAACAUAUUUAAAGUAAAUUACAAAAUAGUAUCGGGGGUCAGGCAACAUUACGUUCCAACAAUAAAAACAGUGAGAGUAUCGUCUUUUAAGUAUUUUUUAUCGCCAAAUACUUCACUGCGUAGUUGUUCCAAGGUUAAACGAAACCGGUGCAAUCUGAUCUGGUUGCUAAUCGGUCUUGUUUGGUUUGAGGUUAAACUUAUUAACUGUAAUGGAAUUACCUCCAGCAAUUACUAUGUUUCCAAUUCGGCGACUCAUAAGGGUUGUACUUUUUGCCACGAAGGAGGAAAACCCCAUAUUUACAACAAUAAAGAUAAUGCACCCACAGAUUACAACAUCUACAAUAAAUACAAUAACAAUAAUUUCUACAAAAAAACGAAUAAACAACAUAACAUUUCACCGGGAGAUCUAGUCCGUUUGGAGUCCAUUAAACGUCAAAUUUUAACGAAGCUUGGCCUUACCCAUAAGCCAAAUGUAUCUAAUCCCCUUCCAAAACAGUUUAUUUGGGAAACAAUAUAUCGAGCAGAUGGUGAUCGGAUUAUCAACAACGCUUUCGAGAGUAGUAGUAGUAACUUUCGUAAAAAGAGUUCAAGAUUGAAUAAAAAUGGUGGAAAAGUAUAUGCUACUAGUAGUCAAAAGCCAAUCAGUCGUUCUCUGAGAAAAUCCCUGAGAAAUUAUACAGCAUUUGAAAAAAAGCAUCAUGCCGGAGAACCCCUAACAAAAAAUAUAUUCAUUAAAAGUUUGCCACAUCUACGGCAAAUAAGUUCUCAUAUUUUGUCUCAACCUGCGAAUGAUCAUUCACGCCUUUCUUAUAAUCUGCAAAAAAGUUCUGGUUUUGGUAGAGCCAGCAAAAGUUUCAAUGACAUCAGUAUCGAGAGAAGCAAUGCGAACCCGUUUAGUAAAUCCACAUAUCUGAUUAAUAUAAAUCCUAGUAGUGAUAGUAGCGACAGUAUUGGUGGUAAAAAUGGGGAAGUCAACCCCAAUGAUCAUGAAUAUUUUAACGAUUACAGUGAUCAAAGCCCCUACAAGAGUCAGGACCCGGAAUGGACCAAUCGCGGAUAUUAUCGAAUGAACACCCACAUUUUUAGUUCCAAUAUCGAUACGGGAAAACUAAAACGGCAUUAUGGUUCAGAAAUCAAUGAUCAUGAAAACUUUGAACAGGAAGACUUUUUUGGAAAUACUCAGGAAAUAAUAACGUUCGCCGAAACAGGUACGCAAUAUCGGCAAUACCGGAUACUAGAGUUUUCUCUUCAUAAUCGGCGCGUUCCUAACCAAAACUUAUCUAUUCGAAGCGCCCAGGUCCACAUACGAAUCGAGAAGCCACAAAAUUACUGGAUUGCGAAAGUAAACCCGAUUUUACAUACAGACAAUUUACUUUUUGCAAAUACAAAGUGGAAACAAAAUAAGCCCCAUCCUAAAAUAAAAAUUUGGAUUUUUCAAUUAACAGAAGGGAUUAAUAUCACAGAGAAGGGAAUUGACCAUUCGAUUAUAUUCCGAGCUUCUUUCGAAGUUAACACAAAACGGUUGGGAUGGAAAAAAUUUGAUUUAACAGAAACAAUACGGGAUUGGUAUACACAAAGUAAUAAUGAAAAACUACGUUUGCUUAUUGAUUGCACGGGCUGUGGUGACCGUUACUCAAUUCACUCAUUACAAUCCGCGCAAUUAAAUGAAACACGGUAUUCCAAUAGCAAUAGACCAUUUCUUGUUCUUCACACGGAAUCUCUUAAGAAAAGACGUAUUAGAAGGCGUGCAGUAGAUUGUGGAGGCGCUUUAAAUGGACAAUGCUGUAAAGAAUCCUUUUAUGUAUCUUUUAAAGCACUCGGCUGGGAUGAUUGGAUAAUUGCCCCUAGAGGAUACUUUGCAAAUUAUUGUAGAGGUGAUUGCACGGGAUCGUUUCGAACACCUGAUACAUUCCAAACAUUCCACGCACAUUUUAUAGAAGAAUAUAGGAAAAUGGGACUGCUAAAUGGUAUGCGUCCAUGUUGUGCUCCAAUUAAAUUCUCUAGCAUGUCUUUGAUUUAUUAUGGAGAUGAUGGAAUUAUUAAGCGGGAUUUGCCAAAAAUGGUCGUUGAUGAGUGUGGUUGUCCUUAGCCUUACCGAAGGUUUUCUUGAUACAACAUUUUUUCCGUCCGGUUAAAAACUAAACUAUGUUUUGUUUUGGCAAAGGUAAUUUUGGCAAACCCGAUUUCAAUGUACCAUAAGUGCUAAGCUAAUGACAAUAUUUGUAUAUGUAUGUAUUAUCUAAACGAAAAUAUGAAAGUGCCUAAAUAAAAAUAAACUUUUAAAUUGU